GGACAGGUUAGUCUUAACCUGAACGUCCGUCGUAUAGAACCUUUUUUGUCGUGAAGAUACUCGCAUACAAAAACACAUCUUCAAGUUAUUUUUAGAACCCUAACUAAUUAACAAACCACAAACAUGAAAAUCACUUGUUUAGUUCUGUGCUUUCUGGGAUUAGCCGCUUUUGUUAGCGCAGAUUCUGGGUUCUUUGUUCCUAAAGCUUUUUACAAAUUAGAUGCUGAGGGUCAUAAAUCAAAUGUUCAUGAAAUCAAUCCUCAUCAAGCAAAUAUUUUGAGACGUCUCCGAAGACAAACUUUCGGUAGUAGUAGCAGUUCAAGCACCUCAUCAUUUACAACUGGUGAUGGUGGACAAACUUACUAUGAAUCACAUCAAGUAGUGAAAAAUUCUGCACCUGGAAUUCUUCAAAGCCGUUUCAGUGGUGAUGAUGAUGAUGAUGAUUUUGGUAUUACUGGACAUGCAGUACAUACAACAGGUGUUAUUAAAAAUGGUCGCGUAGUUUAUGAAGAUGUAAGGCACGAAAAAUUGUAAAACUAAUUUGAAUAUUUGAGUAUAACAUUGUGGUACAUGCCUAAAAUUUAUAAAUAAAAGAGAAGCUUUUUUAUAUUGAA